AUGCCAAUCCGAGUUUCUCCUCUCACCGAGGCAGACAUCCCAGGCGCUGUGUCCGCCAUCCAAAAAGCUUUUGCGGACGAUCCGUACAACAAUUGGGUCUUUGAUAAAUCUACGUUCAACCCGCAACGCAAUGCGACCUCUCUUAGCAUUCGGUGCCGAUGGGGUAUGCGUAACGGCAUCUUCCACGUCGCGAAGGAAGACGGCAGCGAUGAAGUACUUGGUGUCGCUUGCUGGUUAAGGCCACAAAGGGCAGGCCAGCUACCAACCUGGUCCGACUGGAUCGAAGACUGGCGGUUGUGGUUCAACCAGGUCGGGAUGAACCUUUACUACGGUCGAGGCGGCCUCAAUGUUAAGCGUUAUUACAUAUGGAAAGAGGCUCAAGCCAAGGCCCAGUCCUCCGUCUGGACGGACUCACGAGGCUACUAUUUCCUCAAUAUCAUGGUUGUGCUACCUAAAGCCCAGAAUAGAGGAAUAGGCCGACUUAUGAUGAAAGCUGUAACCGACCAGGCCGACGCCGCGGGUAUGAAUUGCUACCUCGAGUCCAGCCGGGACAUUCCCAACAUGCAAAUCUACGGGCGCUUCGGGUUCAAGUUUGCGAAGGAGCUAGAAUGCGACGACGACGGCACAGCUAUAAAACUCUACGCUAUGGUUAGAGAGCCCAGUGCCAAGCCGCAGACAAAUUGA